GUAAAAGAAGGGGGUAAUGGGCGGUUCAAUAUCUCUGAACUCCUGCUCUGUGAAGUUAUCCAUUUGACGGGUGCAGGCAGUGCUUAAGCUGAGCGCGAGACCCCGGCCGUGUGUGUUCUGAUAUCUCGCGCUAUCGCCUCAGGCAGACAACCCCUCUUCGGCUACCGGUUUUCAACAAAAGCCGUUGUCUGGACUUUGUUAUUGUAACCAUGGCGGGGGUCGCGGAGAAACUGCAGCGCAGCCGGAGCCAGGCGGAGGGUCUCGGCUCCAACAGCCAGGCGGUGAAGUACCUCGGCCAGGAUUACGAGGCGCUACGGAGCCAGUGCCUUGACAACGGGACGCUUUUCGAGGAUGACAUGUUUGACGCGGCCGUGCCGUCGCUGGGCUUCGACCAACUCGGACCGGAGUCCUUCAAAGUGGAAGGCAUCGAGUGGAAAAGACCUCCGGAGCUGACCAGCGAUCCACAAUUUAUUGUUGAAGGUGCAACAAGAACAGACGUCUGUCAAGGAGGGCUUGGUGACUGCUGGUUGCUGGCUGCAAUUGCAUCUCUGACUCUGAAUAAGGAUCUGCUGCAUAGAGUCGUACCACACGGCCAGAGUUUCCAGGAGGACUAUGCUGGCAUAUUCCACUUCCAGAUCUGGCAGUUUGGUGAGUGGGUGGACGUUGUCAUUGACGACCGGUUGCCGACGAAAAAUGGGAAGCUCCUAUUCGUCCACUCGGCAGAGGGCUCGGAGUUCUGGAGCGCCCUAUUGGAGAAGGCCUAUGCCAAGGUGAAUGGCUGCUACGAGGCUCUCUCUGGUGGUUCGUCCUCUGAGGGCUUUGAGGAUUUCACUGGUGGCAUAGCGGAACGCUACAAGCUGCAGCCUCCCAGACCAAACCUGUACAGGACUAUACACAAGGCCCUCGCACACGGAGCGCUGGUCGGAUGCUCCAUACCUACCAAGGCUGGAGAAGCCGCAGAGUCUUUGACGUCACAGCAGUUGGUGAAGGGACAUGCCUACUCUGUCACAGGAGCUGAGGAGAUAUUGUGUCGUGGUGAGAUGAUUCGGCUGAUCCGCAUACGGAACCCGUGGGGAGAAAUAGAGUGGACGGGCCCCUGGUCUGACAGGUCUUCACAGUGGGAGGAGGUGAGUGAACAGGACAGAGAGAGGCUGAGGCACCGAUGUGAGGACGGGGAGUUCUGGAUGUCAUUGGGUGACUUCCAGAGGCAGUUCAGUGUGUUGGAGGUGUGCAGCCUGAGUCCCGAUGCUGCUGCGGUGGUGGUGGGGGGCGGCCGUAAGCACUGGGACCUGCACAGCUACCACAGCCACUGGAGGAAGGGCUCCACCGCUGGAGGCUGUCGCAACUUCCCCAAGACGUUCUGGAUGAAUCCCCAGUUCGUGGUGCGCCUGUGUGAGGAGGAUGAUGAUCCUGAGGAUGAAGAGGAGGGCUGCAGCUUCCUGAUCGGGGUGAUCCAGAAGAGCAGGCAGAGCCGCAGGAUGACCACACGACACAACAUGCACACCAUCGGCUUCGCCAUCUAUGACGUCCCUGAACAGUUUGUGGGCCAGCGUAGCGUACAUCUGGACCAGCGUUUCUUCCUUAGCCAUGCCCAGCGAGCGCGUUCAGAGACCUACAUCGACCUGCGGGAGGUGGUGACACGGUUCCGCCUGCCCCCGGGAGAAUACCUGGUGGUGCCCUCCACACACAAGCCAGACCUCGACGCAGACUUCUACAUGCGCGUCUUCACCGAGAAACAGGCAGAGUUCCAUGUGUGAAUGUUUGUAUGUUUGUGCUUUUGUCUUUGCAGGGAGUUGGACGACCCCAUAGAGUGUAAAUUGGAAGAG